AUGGAACCCAACAUGCCAGCACGAACCGACUACACUACAGGGACCACGGUCUGGAUUCGGCGUGGUCCCUACCGCCAUCAGAUAGCGACUUACUUGGAGCCUGAGAACGCCAAGUGGUGCAAGAUCGAACUCUUGACUGGAGCCAGAAUCAAGCUCACCUACUGUGCUAUUGAGGCAAUCCACGAAGGGCCACCAACUCAGGCACAAGCGAAUCCACCUGGCUACACCAUGGCUGACAUUGCGAGGUUGGGAGGAUGGCGCUUCCAGGAUGAGUCUCGCCAUGCUCUACACUACAGCCUUCCUGAUCCCAUUUUCAUGGGGCACACAGUUCGUGGACUGGUGAGUUCUCUUGCCACAGCAAGUCGCGAACUUGAGGAAACCAACAGGGAGUGCCGCUGGCUGCGCUCCAUGGUGGAGAGCAACCAAAAUCGAAUUCAGGAGCUGGAAAAUUUGCUCCAUGACAAUGAAGACAUUCCUACUGGGUUCUAG